CUUCCUGCGCGUUUCAAAUAAAGACAGUGUGUCGUUAACGGACGGGCGCUUUACCACAGAGCAGCUGCAGCAGCGCGAGCUUCACUUCCGUCUCGGAGAGCUCGCGGUCGGUCAUGGCGGAGGGAGAUAACAAGAGCGCCAAUUUACUGGCUCAGGAGACGUCUCAGCUGGAGGAGCAGCUGCAGGGAUGGGGCGAGGUCAUCUUAGCCGGGGAUCAGUUCCUGCGCUGGGAGAAGCCCUGGUUCCCCGCGGCGCUGGUGGGCGGCACCACCAUCCUCUUCCUGAUGGUGUACUACCUGGACCCGUCUGUGCUGACCGGUCUGUCCUGCUUCGUCAUGGUCCUGUGUCUGGCCGAUUACCUGGUGCCCACCCUCGCCCCGCGCAUCUUCGGCUCCAACAAAUGGACCACGGAGCAGCAGCAGCGCUUCCAUCAGAUCUGCGGGAACCUGGUGAAGACUCAGCGCCGCGUGUUCGGCUGGUGGAAACGCCUGUUCGCCCUGAAGGAGGAGAAGCCCAAGAUGUACUUCCUGUCUGUGAUCAGCACCCUGGUGAUCGUGGCCUGGAUCGGACAGCAGGUCCAUAACCUCUUCCUGACCUACCUGAUCGUGAACUUCCUCCUGCUGCUGCCCGGCCUGAACCAGCACGGCAUCAUUACCAAGUACGCCGGCAUGGUCAAGAGGGAGGUGAACAAACUGCUCAAGCAGAAGGAGAAGAAGAACGAGUGAAGAGACGGGGAGGAGGAGGAGGAGGAGGAGGAUUAGGAGUAAUGAAAAUUUAAAUUUCCCCCCAAAUAGCAUUUAAAUGAAUAACUCCGACUGCUUAAAGUACUUCAGACACAGUAAAAUAAAAUAAAUGUUUAAAUCUAUUUAAAAGUUAGUUUUAGGCUUAGACACGAACACACUGAGGUGCUGAUGGUGUGAAAGUGCUUAGAACCGAACGCUGCUUACAAGCCGGUAGAUUUUUCUAGAACAAUUAAGGCUAAAGUGUACAACUGAAACAUGGACGUAUUAUUAUUUUAUUUUAUUUUUGAAACUUUAAGAUGGUUUAAGGACGUGAGCAGAGAUCGUAUUUAAGCAGGUUUUGGUUUAUUAACAUUUUAUUUUGCUUUUCUUUUUGAUUUGUUUGGCUUUUUGUUUAAUAAAAAAAACUGCACUGCAGGAGAAACUGGAGCAUCGUGUGCGCUGUGUUGGCGCCCUCUAGUCCCGCCCCCUUAACCCGGUCCCCUAGUCCCGCCCCCACCAUGUGACCUCACGCCUGAGGGCUGCAGAGUCGUUUGUACUGCUGUAAUUGUAUUUUCUGUGUUUCUGUGUGUCUCCUACAGUUAAAGCACUUCAUUGCUGUAAAUAUGUUCUCUACCUGUGUGUGUGUGUGUGUGUGUGUGUGAAAUUAAUUUUCCUUGGCUUGUCUGGAAGUCGAGACGUGUCUGCUGUCUGUCUACGAUUCAGCUUGUUUUCACUUCAGUACCUAAAUAAAUAAAAAGAUAAUAAAGAGCUGCUCUGACGCUUCGA